GCUGUAGCCUUUUGCUUUUUCCCUGAGCCACCACCAGGCCCUGUAUUUUGCUUGAAGUAUUUGAUACAAAUGGGUAGGAAAAUCCUGUCCUCCUUUGCAGACAGGAGGUGUCCAGCCCUGCACUGUGAAAGCAGAUAAGCUGCUCUGAGCAGCCUGCCCAGGAAACCAGCUUAGCUGCACUGCUUCUAAAAACAAAUCCAGUUUGCCAAAAGGCACCUCCAGCUCCCACAUAAUCGACAGAUUUAUCACAGGGCAUGUGUACCCUGGAGCUGCUGUUCCCAUGGGUGCUGCCCACCUGAUGGCCCUGUUCCCACCCCAUCCCUGCCAGCCUAGGUUGCCAGUGGAUAUAAAAGACUCGAGUUUCUCUUGCCCCUGUCAACUCAUUGUCCUUGGUACUAGCAUGGCUCUCCUGUGGCUGCUCUCCUGCCUGACACUGGCAAGUGCUGCUCAUGAAUGUGGCAUUCCAGCCAUCCAGCCCAUCAUCAGUGGCUACACCCGGAUUGUAAAUGGUGAGGAAGCAGUUCCUGGAUCUUGGCCUUGGCAGGCCUCCCUGCAGGAGAAGAGUGGCUGGCACUUCUGUGGAGGGUCCCUGGUCAGGGAGGACUGGGUGGUGACAGCUGCCCACUGUGGAGUGACGACAUCCAAUGUGGUGGUGCUUGGGGAACAUGAUCGCGGCUCCAGUAUGGAGCAGGUACAGAAACUGGCAGCCAAAAAGGUCUUCACCCACCCAAAGUGGAACCCCCAAACCACUGACUAUGACAUCGCUCUCAUCCAGCUGGCCACUCCUGCUAAACUCAGCAGGACAGUCUCCCCUGUGUGCCUGGGAGAAACCAGGGAUCACUUCUAUAGUGGCGAGCUCUGUGUCACGACAGGAUGGGGCAAGACCCGGUAUAACGCUUUCCUCACCCCCAACAAGCUACAGCAGACAGCGCUACCCCUGCUGAGCAACCUUCAGUGUGAAGAGUACUGGGGCAACCAGAUCACAAACCAGAUGAUCUGUGCUGGUGCAGAUGGCUCCUCUUCCUGCAUGGGUGACUCUGGUGGCCCCCUUGUAUGCCCAAAGAAUGGAGCCUGGUACCUGGUGGGGAUUGUGUCCUGGGGCAGUAGCAAGUGCUCCACCACCACCCCCGCUGUCUACGCCCGCGUGACUGAGUUCCAUGAAUGGAUUGUCCAGACCAUGGCAAGCAACUGAGCUGGCUUUACUGGGUCUGAGCCAAUAAAAGUACUGUUUAGCCUCAAAGUCU